AUGGCAGAGGUGUUGUUGCGACAGCUAUCUGCUUCUUGUGAGGAGCUCAAGCUCACACACUACAACCUCAACGCGCCGCUGACGGAUAAUUUGCGGGACAUUGGCAUCUUUUGGAACCUGUUGGAGCGCGUCCUUCGCGACGGCAGCCGGGCCUUUCGGCCCACAGCGGUCCCCGGACUAAAUCACCAGAGCACGCCCACAGGUCGUGGUCGCGCCCUGCUGCGCUACUGGUUGACCAACAAUCGCCUUGCCGAGGUGCUACAGCUGGCCUGUCGCAAUGAGGCCAUGGUGAAGCGGCAUUACCACACAGCUGCGCUUUUGCGCCAGCCCUCAAGUCGUAGCCGCGUCGUUGAUACUCUCUAUAAUCUCAAUGAAGUGCCAUGCAUGUUUGAGAAUAAGCUGUCCCUGGACCGGGCAUGGCCAGACUUUGCUGCUCGAUCCUUUGAUGCAACCUCCCUAGCGAGCGUGCGGCGCUCCUCACCUAAUGUGACCCAAGACCUCAACACAACUGUUUCAUCCAGCUCAACUCUGCGGCGCAGCCUCUCUGGUGCCUCGCUGGCUUCUAUGCAAUCGUCGCAGCCGCGCGACGUGCCUCGCACAGCCAGCUCAUCUCAAGGCGAGGGCGAUGCGUCUUCAUCUCACUCGUGGGGAAACCGCAGUGGUUCUGCCAUUCUGGGUCAUUGGCAAGCGAACGAGUCACCCAACGAGGAGACGCGGGCCACGCGGAAAGAAAUGGAAGCUCUGCGGCGCGCUCUUGCGGAUGCACGCAAGGCACAGUCUGCAUCGGAAACGUAUGCAGCCGAGCUCAAACGGAAGCUAGCAGCCGUGCGCGAGGAGCUGGAAGAUGCUCAGUCGUCUGUCACCACUCCCACGUUGCGCGGUGAGGUACAAGCGGAGUUGGCCAAGGAAUACGAGGACCAACUCAAAACUUUGGAACAACAGUUGAUGGAUGUGCGACAGAACAUGAGUGACGCCGAGGCCGACCGAAGCAGUAUGAGCGCAGUUCAGGCCGAAUUCCAACAGCAAAUUUCCAGCCUGCAGCACCAGCUGGCAGACGAGACGCAGCGCACAUCUUCACUCCAGCAGAGCCUGGCUGCGUCCGAACAGCAACUGCAAGAAGCCAAGCACAGCAUUGAACGGCUCAACACUCAAUUGACCGAACAAGAGCACCGACUGAAGCAACAACAUCAAGCCGAUCUCACAGAAUACGUGGCACUCCUGCAAGAAGCAGAGCGGCGGCGUGCAGAAGCCGAGGAGGGGCUCAAAAGCAUGACUAACCGCCACCAGCAGGACAAGCAACGAGCUGACUUGGCCGAACAACGUUGUCAUUUCUUGGACAAGCUCGUGACGCGCGCCACAGAGGCCAAAGUCUCUCUGGCAGAGAAAUGCUUCUUCCUCCUGGACGCCGCCGAACGAAUGCUUUCCAUCUGGCAGCCCGACAAGGAUGCACCUGACUGCAACUCAUGCCACAAGGCCUUUAGCGUUACACUGCGCCGACAUCAUUGCCGCGUUUGUGGGCAAAUUUUUUGCCAUGACUGCUCAAACUUUUACGAGCAACUGGCCAACAAAAAGCAGCCCACGCGUGCCUGUCGGCUCUGCGUUUCCAUCCUCAAGCGCCUCAAGGAGAUUCAAACCGAAACGGCAGAUACGAGCGGUCAAUCUGAGGAUAGCCUAUCACGGUUGGCUAUGGGGCUGCGGCGACCUUCGGUGGGGCCAAGCGCACGCUUCCAGAGUUCAGAUUCCUUGCGCUUGCUGACGGCUCCACCUUCGCCAAUGGUGACCAGUCCUCCGGGACGCCGCCGUGCGGCGCCCAGCAAUGGCACUUUCUCAAUGACGUCUGAGGAAGACACCGAGGGAGUUACUGGGCCUGAUGCGUCCCUAGAAGCAGCUGAAAGCGUGACCAAUUCGGAAGCUGUGGCUGACUGA